AUGGAGUUGUUGUUCACUACCCUUUUGGUCACCCUCCUCUCCAGCACUCCAACUAAGAGUAAGCUCUUCCGGGAGUACAUAGGGGCAGAAUCUGAUUCAAUAAAGUUAUCUGAUGUGCCAAUUAAUUCCAAUGUAGAAUUUCACUUCAUCCUUGCCUUUGCAAUUGAUUACUCAACUGGUAGCAAUCCAUCACCAACAGAUGGAAUAUUCAAUGCGUUUUGGGAAAGCAAGCAUAUUACGUCUGCUAAGAUUACUUCAACCAAACGCAAUCAUCCCAAUGUCAAGCUUGCUCUAAGCUUAGGUGGUGAUACUGUUGGCAACAAGAAGGCAAAUUUUGCACCCAAAUCUAUAGACUCUUGGGUUCAAAAUGCCAUUUAUUCGCUCACCAAAAUGAUCAAACUAUAUAAUAUAGAUGGUAUUGAUAUUGACUAUGAGCACUUCAUCACGGAUCCCAACACCUUCGCGGAAUGCAUCGGACGGCUCAUAUCGAAUCUCAAGAAAAGUAGGACCAUCAAGUUUGCUUCCAUUGCCCCUUAUGAUGAUGAUGAUGGGCCUGUUGAAAAGCAUUACAGGGCUCUUUGGAACAAAUAUGGGCAUGUCAUAGACUACGUGAACUUCCAAUUUUAUGCUUAUGACAAGCCAAGUGUGUCUCAGUUUGUCAAAUACUUCGACAUACAAGCUUCUAACUACAAAGGAGGUCAGAUUUUAGCCAGCUUUAUCAGUGGUGGUAGGCAAGGUUUGGGCCCUGAAGAUGGGUUUUUUGAGGCCUGCAAAGAGUUGAUGGGCCAAGGGAAGCUUGGGGGUAUUUUUGUAUGGUGUGCUGAUGAAUCGGAAACGUAUGGUUUCAAGUACGAGAAGAAAUCUCAGGAUAUGUUGGUUUCCUGA